UCAGCGCCAUGCUGAGGAAUGACGCGAAGGGGCGCGCACAACCCAAGUGGGCAAUCGAAAGGAGAGGGAACUGCUCCAGGGAAAUGCAGUUCAUGGCGAGCAAAGUAAUAAAGGGGGUAACUCAUAACAGGAAAAUCUCGCAACACUUAUCGCAUUCAGAACACAUGGUGAGUGAGCAAAAUGGGAAAGCAGAAGAGACAAACAGAAAAGGGGAACCCCUUGGAGAUAUCUGCUUCAUCGCAGGAGUAGGUGACACUAAUGGAUACGGAUGGGGAAUAGCAAAAGAACUGAGCAAAAAAAACGUAAAAAUAAUUUUAGGUGUAUGGCCCCCAGUGUAUACCAUUUUCAUGAAGAACCUGCAGAAUGGAAAAUUCGAUAACGACAUGGUGAUUGGAGAAGGUAGAAAAAUGGACCUUCUCGACAUCCUCCCCUUCGACGCCGCAUUUGAUUCCUUUAACGAUAUAGACGAGGAAACGAGAAAAAACAAAAGGUAUGCCAACUUAGAAAAUUAUUCCAUCGAAGAGGUUGCCAACCUGGUCCAUAAAAAGUAUGGGAAGAUAAAUAUGUUAGUUCAUUCAUUGGCUAAUGGGCGAGAAGUGGAGAGGAGCCUACUUGAUACAAGUCGAGAUGGUUAUUUGGAUGCAUUGAGCAAAAGCUCCUAUUCUCUCAUAGCUUUAUGCAAACAUUUCUGCCCAAUCAUGCAUCCCGAAUCGAGUGUAAUUUCCUUGACAUACUAUGCGAGUCAGAAGGUGGUGCCUGGGUAUGGGGGAGGCAUGUCAAGUGCUAAGGCAGCAUUGGAAUCGGACACGAGAACUUUAGCUUACCACCUGGGCAGAAAGCACAAAAUUAGGGUUAAUACCAUCAGUGCGGGGCCUCUUAAAUCAAGGGCCGCUACUGCCAUCAAGAAGGCCCAUCCCCAAUCGGGAGCAAACGAAACGGAAAAAAAAAACUUGGCAUUCAUAGAUUACGCCAUUGAGUACUCAGAAAAGUAUGCACCUCUUCAGCAGAAAUUGUAUUCCACGGACGUCGGGGCCGUGGCAGCCUUUUUGCUAUCCAAGGAGAGUAGAGCAGUCACUGGCCAGACCAUCUACGUGGACAACGGGCUCAACAUCAUGUUCGGCCCCGAUGAUUUGUUUCAGGGAGAGGGGGCCU